GUAUUGACUAUGGGCAAAUAACAUUCAGUGGUCAGCACUGGCAUGCAACCAACUCUUGCUUUUCAUGUACUCAAUGCAAGAAGCCUCUCUUAGGCUGUAGUUUCACCUCCCGGCAUGGUCAAGUCUUCUGCUCGAUAAUGUGCAGCCAGGUAGAAGAACCUGCUGGAUCAGAUUCCUCAGACUCUGCUUUCCAGUCAACGCAGUCCCAAGAAUCCAGUUGUAUUUUCAGUCUUGGAGAAGACCCAGCGGCCAACAACGGUUCACCCUCACAAAAUCGGCUCUGCAACCAAACUACUCAAACACUGUCGGGGGACAACAUAGACUGCGUCCUUCAACAUGUCGACGUGCUCAGUAUCGAAGACCGAGCAACAGACAGCAAAGAUCAUCCUGUGCCCGAGUUCAUGAUGCCAUGCAAGAGUCCCGUUAAACUUCCGCACUGGCAGACAGAAUUGUUGGAAAAAGACACAGAGCCUCGAAGCAAGGUAAAGAAGCCAGAGGUGUGGGCAUCAGAGAAUGACAGUCUCACAAAAGACAAAGGCUGUGAGUUAGAAAUCUUGACCUACAGCCAAGAACCCAGCAAAAGAAAUGAUCAUUCAGCACCAUUGUGUAAUUUUAAUUGGCUAAAGGGUGGACUUGAAAAUGCCAUGAAAGUCAUUGACAACACGUCUAUAACUAAUAACAGGCAUGAGGUUUGGCCUGUGGAGGACCAAAGGAUGAAGAAAACAGUGGCUACAGAGACUUUGGCUCUUGAUCAAAGCUUGGCUUUCAAACAUAGGCUGGACGUGUACUGCAUUGAACAGGAAGGCCAACCAGUGGGUGUAUUGGAUAGUCCCACCGAACCCUCUUGGAACAAACAGAAUCAAUGGCAGGAUAUUCACGUCAGUUCAGAACACCCUGCACAGGACCAGGAAGCAUCACCUCAGAGUUUGACAGACCAGAUGACAGAACAGAGAAUUGGAAGAAGCCAACAAGAUUCCUUAGCAAUGAUCCAGAUUGCAG